AGGCAGUGAUGCAACGAGAGUUCAUUCGCUACAACCGAAAAGUGCUGGGGAAACCCGAAAUCUUUGGUGGUGGGGAAGAACAAGAAAAUCGUGAUGACAAGGAUGAGGUGGUGGAUAGAGAGGAAGAAUAUGAUGAUAUUGAGGAGGAACAAAAUAUCGAUAUAAAUCAAGACGAAUUGAGUAAAAAUGCUUGUGGGGAGAAUAACCAAGACGAACAGGACGAGAUGGAUCCUUUGGACUUGUACAUGCAGGAAAUUGACACAAAAUUAAAGCAGGAGGCGGCAAGUCGAAAGGCAGCAAAUCAAGAAAUAAUGGAAGAGGAAGACACGGACUAUAAUCAACUAAUCGAAGGAGAGCGAAAUGAAGCACCCGAAGACACAUCAGGAAUCAUCUAUGACGAAGACGGGAAUCCAAAGAAGAUUACCAAAGUGGCAAUCAAUCUGGUCACCGCCAUCCAGCGCGAAGUGUCGUAUCCCCCUCUAAAGAAAGACUUCUAUCCUGAUCCUGAUCCUUCUCCCCCUCCAGAAGCCCCAAAAAAUUCCACGGAAUCCUCGGAAUCCUCGGAAUCGCUCGCCGCCUGGAAAACGCAGCACGGCGUCGAGAUCCACAACCUCGCUUCGGACGCCUCUCUCUCCCCCAAAACGCCCCAGCCCGUGCUUUCCUUCGCCUCCCUCCCCUUCCCCGCCGCCCUGCGCCGCUCCAUCGAGACGCAGCGCUUCCUCCGCCCCACGCCCAUCCAAUCCGCCGCUCUGCCCCUCGUUCUCGCGGGCCGCGACGUCAUCGGCAGCAGCCCCACCGGCAGCGGCAAGACCUGCUGCUAUCUCUGGCCGUUCAUUCUGCACGCCGCCGCGCAGCCAGAGCUGGAGGAGGCGGACGGGCCCAUCGGAAUCGCGAUGGUUCCCACGCGCGAGCUCGCCGAGCAAAUCGCCAGCGUCGCGAAGACGUUCUUCGCUCCGUUCCGUCUCUCCGUGAUGUGCAUCACCGGCGGACAGAGCGAGUGGCAGCAGAAGAAAACGCUCCACGUGCGAAGCUUUCACUUCAUCGUCGGCACGCCCGGACGGUUCAUCGAUCUGGUGAAUCAGAAGUACUUGCCGAUGAAUCGGUGCUCGUACGUCGUCCUGGACGAGGCCGAUCGCAUGGUUUCGCUGGGGUUCGAGCAGCAGAUUCGCUCGCUGCUCGGCGUGAUUCGCCCGGAUCGCCAGCUGCUUCUGUUUUCCGCGACGUUUCCGCCGCGCGUCGUGAAUUUGUCGCUCGAUUGGAUGGCGACGCCGGUGCGCGUGGCGGUGGGACGGUCGGGAGAAGCGAACUCGAACAUCGAGCAGCGAUUUGAGGUCAUGCGAGAAGGGCAGAAGAUCGGGUUUUUGCGCCAGUGCAUCGCCGAUUUGGAAAUGAAAGGAAAAGUCCUGAUUUUUGUCAAUACGCGGCAAGGUGCGGAGGAGCUUCUGCACACGCUGGAGAAGCUCACGACCUCGCCGAUCGGCUGCAUCCACGGCGAGAAGAUGCAGUACGAUCGCAGCGACGCGAUGAAUCGCUUCAAACGCGGCGAGCUUCGGAUUUUGAUCGCGACGGACGUCGCAGCGCGCGGAUUGGACGUCUCCGACAUCCGCACAGUGGUGAAUUUCGACGCGCCGAGCAGCGUGGAUGUGUACGUUCACCGCAUUGGGCGAACGUGUCGCAGCGAAUCCGCCACGGGCCAGGCGAUUUCGCUCUUCUCCUCGCGCGACAAGCAGUUCGCCCAGCAGCUCUGCGCCUAUCUGCGAGGUCUCCAGCAGCCGAUUCCCGCGGGAUUGGCGGCCUUGGCGGCGCAGGCGACGCAGGCGACGGGCGAGAAGAGAGGAAGCAGCCGGGCGAGCGGAUUGGGGUUCGGAACGGAGAGAGAAGCGAAGGUGGGGAGCGAGCAGGACGCGUUCGAAGGGUAUUUCGUGGAGGAAAAGAGCGAGGCGGAGGGAAGAGUGAUCGCGCAGAGCUCGACGGGGUAUCAGACGGUGUACGAUCCCGUGUCGAACACGUACACGACCACGUUGGCGAGGGGAACGACGGGGGUGCAGGGGAGAUCGGCGUCGAAUGUGGCCGGAUUUGUCGCGGGGAGGAGCCAGAAGGAUGCGCUGCCGGUGGCGAGCUAUGGAGGGCCGGAUGAUGAGUGGGACAGCAGUGUGAUGGCGAUGGAGAGCGCGUUGGCGGCGAUUCAGGCGCGAAGAAGGGAAGAAGAACGCAAUCAAAGCCGUCGAAGCAGAAGCAGAAGCAGAAGUAGAAGUAGAAGAAGUAGAAGUAGAAGCAGAAGUAGAAGCAGAAGUAGAAGAAGUAGAAGCAGAAGUAGAAGAAGUAGAAGCAGAAGUAGAAGGAGUAGAAGUCAUCGACAUCAUAGCCAGGAUCGACAUAGUGAUCGAGAUCAUAGAAGAAGUCACCAUAGUCGGGAUGAUAGAGAAAGCCAUAGUCAUAGUCGUAGUUAUCAUAGAAGACAUUAA